GCCUCCGACCACCCUCCAGCCUUCGGAGCCAGCCACUCAUCUAUCCACCCUCCAACCUUCGGAGUGAGGCACUCAGCUGUCCUCGGUCACCGGGACCAGCCAACACCAUUUUUUGAGCCGAACUCCUUAUUACCGAUCAACCAUGAGCUCCCAGAUUCGUCAGAAUUAUUCCACCGAGGUGGAGGCCGCCGUCAACCGCCUGGUCAACAUGCAUCUGCGGGCCUCCUACACCUACCUCUCUCUGGGCUUCUAUUUCAACCGCGACGAUGUGGCUCUGGAGGGCGUGGGCCACUUUUUCCGCGAAUUGGCCGAAGAGAAGCACGAGAGCGCCGAGCGUCUCUUGAAAAUGCAAAACCAACGCGGCGGCCGCGCCCUCUUCCAGGACGUGCAGAAGCCAUCUCAAGAUGAGUGGGGUAAAACUCAGGACGCUAUGGAAGCCGCCAUUAACAUGGAGAAGAACCUGAACCAGGCCCUUCUGGAUCUGCAUGCCCUGGGUUGUGCCCGCGCAGACCCCCACCUCUGCGACUUCUUGGAGAGCCACUUCCUAGAUGAGGAGGUGAAACUCAUCAAGAAGAUGGGUGACCACCUGACCAACCUCCACAGGCUGGCUGGUCCCCAGGCUGGGCUGGGCGAGUAUCUCUUCGAAAGGCUCACCCUCAAGCACGACUAGGAGCCUCCGGAGCCCAGUGGCCUUUGAGGAGCCCCUCUGGUGUUAGGGCUUCUACCUGAAGCCCCUCUCUGCAGCCACUAGGCAGCUUUUUAACCAUCCUGGAGCCCUCUCCCAAGCCUUGGACCAAAUGGAAAUAAUAAAGCUUUUUGCAGCG